AUGGUGUGGGGGUGUCAUGGUGGGGUCAUGGUGUGGGGUGUCAUGGUGUGGGGGUCAUGGUGUGUCAUGGGGGGGUCAUGGUGUAAGGGGGUGUCAUGGUGUGGGGGGUGUCAUGGUGUGGGGGGGUCAUGUGUGUGGGGGGUCAUGAUGUGGGGGCUGUGGGGGUGUCAUGGUGGGGGGUCAUGGUGUGGGGGGGGUCAUGGUGUAAGGGGGUCAUGGUGUGGGGGGGUCAUGGUGGUGGGGGGUGUCAUGGUGUGGGGGGGGUCAUGGUGUGGGGGUGUCAUGGUGUGGGGGGGUCAUGUUGUGGGGGUGUCAUGGUGUGGGGGGGUCAUGUUGUAG